GGAAAAUGAAUUUCCACCGGGCCGGGCGGCCUCUUCUCCCACCUUGUCGCCCGGGAUCCUGCUCAGCCUCCCGCCCCUCCGGGUUCCACUCGAAUCGAGUCACACUAGCGGAGGCGAAGGAGCUCGGGUCGCCUCCAUGUCUGAGGCUUAUUACCGGGUGGAGUCGGGCGCGCUGGGACUUGAGGAGAACUUUCUCUCCUUGGACGACAUUUUGAUGUCCCACGAGAAGCUGCCAGUCCGCACGGAGACUCCCCUGCCGCGCCUGGGCACCUUCUUCCCGGAGUGGGGCGCCGGAUCCGGGCCGGACCACGCGCUGCCGCAGGGUUCAAAGCUUGAACUCCCCUUGUGGCUGGUAAAAGGACUUUUUGACAACAAGAGACGCAUCCUUUCUGUGGAACUUCCUAAGAUCUACCAAGAGGGUUGGAGGACUGUGUUCAGUGCAGAUGCCAAUGUGGUGGACCUCCACAAAAUGGGACCCCAUUUCUAUGGGUAUGGCUCCCAGCUCCUCCAUUUUGACAGUCCGGAUGCGCUGCCGCAGGUGGGCACCGGCCUCGCGGGUUUGGGGUUCGGGGGACGGCGCCCCACAGGCUGUGACUUCGUCGGGCUCCCUCCAACACAGGUUUCUUUGCUGGAACCGCGAGUUGGUCAGCGUCUUACCCCUUCACGAAUUGAGGUGGGGGCUGAUUCAGCCGAAUACUUCAGGAUCGGGGUUCUCCUCGCCACUGUAAAUAGGUAUUGUAAACCUAUCGGGAAGUUUGGGUGCCGAGGCCAGCGUCCCAUGGGUUCAAAGCUUGAACUCCCCUUGUGGCUGGUAAAAGGACUUUUUGACAACAAGAGACGCAUCCUUUCUGUGGAACUUCCUAAGAUCUACCAAGAGGGUUGGAGGACUGUGUUCAGUGCAGAUGCCAAUGUGGUGGACCUCCACAAAAUGGGACCCCAUUUCUAUGGGUAUGGCUCCCAGCUCCUCCAUUUUGACAGUCCGGAGAAUGCAGAUAUAUCCCAGUCUCUGCUGCGGACAUUUAUUGGACGUUUUCGCCGCAUCAUGGACUCUUCUCAGAACACUUACAAUGAAGACACUUCAGCCCUGGUAGCUAAGUUGGAUGAAAUGGAGAGAGGCUUAUUUCAAACCGGGCAGAAAGGACUGAAUAACUUUCAGUGUUGGGAAAAGGGACAGGCUUCUCAAAUCACACCUUCCAACCUUGUUCAGAAUUAUAAGAAGAGAAAAUUCACCGACAUGGAGGACUGAAGGCCAGAAAAAUAUAGAAUUGCUCUGGGUGGGGCUUAUGCCUCGUGUGUUCUUGAUAAGACCUAGUUGACCUUAUUGAGGACCAAAUUGUGUCACAUCUCAUCAAUUAUAACCUGCAGCAGUCUCAGGAUUUGGGACCAUCUUGUUGGGAUGGGAUGUCCUGAAGCCUCUGGUCCUCUAAUCUUCCAGGACUGUCCUACCCUACUAACCCGCAGCCCAGACCUUUUGACCUAAGAAUGCACAGCCAAAGAGAAAUGCAAGUCUGUCCUAAAUAAGGUCCAAUGCCAUACAUAUUUGCAGUUCGGUUGGGGAUGGUAUUCUUGUAUCGGGGACUUUAGACAGCCUCACAUGUCCAGUGUCACUAGCUUUGUACUUGGAUGGGUACAAAUUGGGUCACCUUUGCCUGUUCACAAAAUGUUCUCUUGAGCUUUUUGCCUCAUCUUCUUCAUACUUGAACAAAGACUAGCACCCUCUGAUGCUGGACUAACUUAGAAAUCUUUCCUGAUGUUCACUGUGGGGAGUUACCCUAAUUUCCAAAAACAGUCACCAAAAAAAAGUGUGGGGGAGGGAAAGGCAAAUGAAUGGCAUGGCAGGAAAGAGAGGACAUUACUUUUGUACUCCAUGAUCAGGGCAUUUUAAACCAGAAUCACAUCACUGCAGUCAGCCUGGAGGGGACAUGGUUAAAUUGAGCUUGUGUUUGUCUCUGCAAUCUUGAGAGCAACUGCAAACAUUCCAUUCUGCUGUGGGAAAGCUGUCAGGGACCCACUUGGAAUUGCAAAGUAGUUAUUAAGGGGUGUUAACCAGCCUUUGUUACAUCUGGAAAUCAGGACUGGAGCCCUGUUUGAGAAACUUAACAUGGUACAUGUUAAAUGGCUAAAAGGCUUGGUUAUAUAUUUUUUUUCUCAGGAAAUUCUGGAACGUUAUUACAUAGAAGGUCCCCGACCAUUUACUGGGAAUCUAUGUAAGCAAGCACAAAACUCUUUUGAGAAGAACAAGGCGGAAGGAAACCCAGGCUGAGUAAGAAAUAGUAUUCCUCAAGAGACUGCUGGACUUUCCAGUGGGCAAUUUUCUCCACACCAUUGCUCCCCUUCCAACACCUUACAACUGACAAAAAUUACCUCUGUUGUUGGAAAUUAUGUUUUCAAAUUGUACAGAUGUCUUGAUGUAAACCUAGAAUGACAGAAAUGCUUUUA